AGCUGAUCAAAUGACUCUGCGAAAGAACGGGAGCUGGUGCCAUUGGUAGUUUUGCUUGUUCAGUUAGGUCACUGCGUGCAGAUUACCCUUCGCAGAUUUACCGCUUAUUAAGCCCAGCUUUCUCCGCGUACGGAUUCUGCAUCAAGAGUAGCCAUGGCGAAGGAAAAGAUCCGAGCGGAGAAGGGGAAACGCAAGCAGGGAAAAGGGGAAACGAGAAAACAACAGUCGCAGUCCUCCCGACGGUUCAGGUUCAAGAGCUUCACGCGGCAGGUGGAGGAGGCGCAGGUGGAUGUGUUCCGCUCGCUCGCGCCCACCCAGCAGCAGCCGUCCCCCGGCUGCUCCUCCUUCUUCCAACAGGCGCUGCUGCACUGGCGGGAGCUGAGCGCGGCGGUGGACUUCAAUGAGGUGCACAGCAAGGUGGCGCCGCUGGUGGCGUCGCUGCCGCAGCUCGUCUUCCACCGCCACCGCCUCGUCGCCGCGCUGCUCGCCCGCCUCCACAUGCGCGCCGCCCUCUCGCUGCAACCCAUCCUCAGCCUGCUGGCCACCCUCCCUCGGGACCUGCAGCACGACUUCCUGCCCUUCCUCCCUCUCUGCCUGGAUGCGUGUCUGCGGCUGUUGCAACAAGGGGCAGACAGAGAUGCGGCAGCGCUACAGCAGGUGGUGCAGUGCGUGGGCGAGAUGGUGAAGCACCUGCGGCACUACCUCACACCGGACGUCGUCACCCUCCUCAAGAUGACGAAGCCCCUGCGCUUCUACCCUGCGGGCUAUGUGCGUGACCUCAUCGCGCAGAGCGUCGCUUUCGUGCUGCGCAACGCGCCGCCCAAGCAGAUGGCGCGAGGUGUGCGGUGGCUGCUGGCAGAGGCGCGUGCGGUGCCAUGUGAGGAGCGAGAGAGCGGCGUGGCGCUUCUGCUGGCGCAUGCCGCCAAGGGCCCCGCGCACUCGCUGCACUCCAAGGCCGCCCCGCUGCUGCUGCGCCUGCUGCUGCUGCCCUCGUCUCUGCGACCACCGGCGCUGGUGCUGCAGGGGGAGCGAGUCCCUGGUGCUGCUAACGUGGCACUGACAGUUGUCACCCAUGUGGUCCGCCUGCUUGCCGCCCACCUCUUGCCAGCCACUGCUGGCCCGCUGCUCUCCCUGCUGCUCACUGCGGCCUCGCAGGCAGUGCAGGGGGGGAAGGGGGGAGCCCAAGCGCAAGACACGGACGAGCAAGGGGGGGAGGGGUCUGGCGAGGAGAGGAGCGGAGGGAAGGAGGGUGGUUUGAGUGGUGAUGGGGGGAGGUGGGAGGAGGCUCGGCGGUUGGCGGACGUGCUGCACCUGGUGAACGCAGUGCUGCAGCACCGGCGAGCCGUGCUCGUGACGCACCUCGCCCCCUUCAUCUCCCUCUCCCUCUCCCUCGCCUCCCACCCCCUCCUCCUCUCCGCCCUCCACUCCUCCCCCCUACCCGCUCUCCCCGUCCCUCGUCAGGGCUCCGAUCAGCAGCAGGCAGUGGGAGACAGUGAGGCGGGGGAGGAGGGGGCGGCGGGAGAAGCAGGGGGAGCAGGGGAUGCAGUAGAUGGGAGAAAUGCAGGAGGGGAGGAAGGAGGGGCGGGGGUGCAGCGAGGGCUGGUGAGGGAGGUGAUGCGGCUGGUGGUGGGGGUGAUGAGGAGGGAGAGGAGGAGGAGGGGAGGGGAGGAGGCGGAGGGGUUGGAGGGGCGAGGAGAGGAGGGCGUGGAGGGGCAGGUGGAGGUAGCGAGGGCGGUGGCGCGGUGGGAGGUGCUGUUUGAGUGUGCUGACGCCGCGCUGGUGCUGUGGUUCGUCCGCCAGCUCGUGCACCUGCACGCCCAUCUGCUGCCACCCUUCCUCCCACCCAUCAUGCGCUCGCUCAACCGCCUGGCAGCGUGCCACCCCGCCCCUGUGCUGCGCAUCUUCCUGGACCUUGCUGAGAAGCUUCCCGACUGCCUUGCGGCCGCUACACUGCGGCAGGGGGGGAGGGGCGGGCUGCAGCAGGCGGUGAGGGGGCUGCUGGAGGGGGAGGAGGGGGAAUGGGGGAGAGGAGGAGGGGAAGGGGAGGUGAAGGGGAGUGAGAGGCAGGCUCUUGUGUGGGCGGCAGUGCGGUGUUUGAAAUCGCUGCCUGUGCUGACGUGGCAAGAUAACCUGAUUCUGUGUCAGCGCAUAAUCGCUGACGUUUCACGUCAGCUUGGCGUGUGCCUUGAUCCAGAGGGUGCGAGUACAGGUGAGGGGCGGCAGGAAGUGGAGGGAGUGCGAGGGGAGAAGGGGAGGGCGAGCAAGAGGAGGAAAGGGCAGCAAGGCAAGGGGGGCGUCGAGGAGGCAGUGGCUGCUGUCUCGCACCCUCCUGUUGCUGCCUGCACGGAUUCACCCCAUGGCCAGCAGCAGCUGCAGCAGCAGCAGCAGGGGCGCCGUGCACUAGAGGGUGUGCUGGCAGCGGCGCUGGAGACGCACUCGUGGCUGCUCUCCUCGCACUGCACCCCCCACCUGCCCCUGCACCUGCCGCUUUACCUCUCUGCCGCCCGCCACCACUGCCGCUCACCGCCCGUCCUCUCCGCCGUCGCCCUCUUCCUGCAAGCCUUCCCCAGGGCCCAAGUGGGUGACGCGUCAGAAUCUCUGCCUGCCUUCCCGCCUGAGCUGUCAGCCAAUCACAUGCCUGCAAUGAUUGAGGCACUACAGGACAACUUCUGCCACCCAUCACGUGAAAUGCGCGUGUCAUCACUGCGCAUUAUUUGUCACUUCGCCCCCCUGCUUGUGCCGGUGGGGGGGGAGGGAGGAGAGGCGAGGGGGAGGGGCAGGGGGAAGAGGGGGGCGGAGCAAGCCAGGGGAGGGGCGGUGGCAGGCGCAGCAGGGGAAGUGGAGGCGUGUCUGGUGUUUCACCAGGUGGAAGCGCUGGAGUCGGCCCCCUACGACCUGCAGACGGGCCGACAUGCUGCCACCGCACUGGCUGCCCUUGCUGCUCACGCCACGUCAGCACGGCUGCCCAGCCAGCUGCUGCCAGCUGUCACUCGCUGCGUGGUGGGGCUGUUGCAUUCCAAGUUUGCGAUGAUGUGGCAGCCUGCCAUUGGCUGCCUAGCCGCGCUGCUCGCCGCCCACCCUGCGCAUGCCUGGCCUGUGGUGUGGCGGGUGCUGCGCAGCCUGCAAGGAAGCUUCCUACUGGACGCAGCUGGGGCGCUUGCUGAAGCAGGCGCAGGGGGGAAGGGAGAGGGAGGGCGGAGGAGGGAGGGGGCGGGGAGAGGGGAUGAGGAAGAGGAGGGGGAGGGCGAAGGGGAGCAGGGUGAGGUGGGGGAUGGAAGCGAGGAUGGUGCAGACGUCACCGCUCUCUUCCUGCGCUCCGCCCUGCCACCGCCCUCGGGAGCGCCCUCAUCUGCGGUGCUCUCCUCUCUCCUGCGCGCCCUCCGCCAAGCGCCAGCAGUGGCCGCCACGCGCCCCGCCCCCUGUCUUUCCGCCACUACUGCUCUCACUGCUGCUGCUGCCGGCGCCGACAGGGCGAGCAGCAGGCAGCAGCAGGGGCGGGCGACGGCGGGGCAGCAGCUGGCGGUGCUCUUCCUGGCGUUCGUUGGCGGCGCGGAUGACUCCCUGUGUGGCUCUGAGGGCGAGCUGCCGACAGCACACAACGGGCACGCGGAGGUGAAGGAAGCGGGGGAGGAAGGGGGAGGGGAGGAGGAAGGCGACGACGAGGAGGGGGUGGUGGUGAAUACAGCGAUGGUGCGGGGCAAGCAGUGGCACGUGGUGCUCUCUGAUUGGCUGGAGCUAUUGAAGCGCGUUGAGCUGACAGCGUUUGGUCCCAAGGGCACAGCUGUGAAGCAUGUGAUCAUGGAGAGGUUUCUGGUGCACCCCGACCCCUUGGUGCAGCAGCUGGCUUUGGACUGCGUGGUGGCGUGGCGCGAGGGCUGCCUGCCCAAGUACGCGGCGCACCUGAGCGCCAUCGUGGCGUUCAAGUCGCUCAAGGAGAAGAUCACCACGUGGGACAUCGGCAUGGCAGAUGACGACGACACGAGGGACGGCGAGGAGGAGGGGCGGGUGGCGGAGGUGGACAGGGCGACCCUGUUCCCAGUGCUCAUCCGGUUGCUGCUGCCCAAGCUGAAGAAGAGGAGCGGCCAGCUCGCCGGGAAGGCGGCAGCGGGCGUGCAGCGCACGACGGUGCUGGCGUUCCUGGCGCGCCUGCAGCCCUCGGAGCUGCUCCCACUCUUCCUGCUUAUGCUCGACCCCUUCCGCCCCGCCUUCCACCCCGCGCACGGGGCGGGCAGGGGAGAGGGAGGAGGGGCGGGGGAGGAGGCCGGGUUUCUGCACCUGGCGGUGGACCUGGUGCGCGUGUUCAGCCGCCAGCAGCUGCAGCCGUACGUGCUCGCCCUGCUGGCCACGGCUGUCCGGGUCGUGCAGUGCUACGCGCCCCUGGGACACCCAGAGGACGCUGAGGGGCGCGAGGGGGAGAGGGCGGCAGUGCAGAUGGGGAAGGAAAAAGAGGGGGAGGGAAAGCAAGAGAGCAACGAGAAGGGAGAAGAUCAAGGGAGUCAGGAGAAAGAGGAGGAGGAAGAGAAAGAGGAGGAGGACGAGGACGAGGGGGAGGAGGAUGCAGAGGAGGUGGAAGCGGAGGAAGGGCAGAGAGCCGAUGACGCUGCGGACAAAGCGGUGGCUGCUGCUGCUGACGGCAAUGCUGGCGCUGGCGCUGAUGCUGAUGCUGAGGAGGACAAUGCGGCAGCAGAGGAGGAGGAGGAUGAUAUGGAGGGCGAUACGAUCGUCACCAAGUCCUCCUCCUCCCCCCACGUGCCCCACUGGGCACGAGAGCUGCGCUCGCUGGCGCUGCGCGUGCUGGCGGCCAUCCUCGCCAAGUUCCCCGACAUUGCCGCGCAUCCCUCCCUGCCGGCCCCGCUGCGCCCCUGGCCGCUCGUCCUCUCCGCCCUCUCCCCCGCGCUCGCCCACCUGGCACCGGACAACGCCGCCUCCGCUGAGCCCUCCGCGCUGCUGGCGCUGCUGCUGGCGCUGUCUCGCUCGCCGCGCCUGGCGCUGCUCCUGGCCCAGCACCCCCUCGCCCUGCCCGCACUCUCCGCGCUGCUCUCCGCCCCCUCGGCGCGCCUGCCUGUGGUGGGCGCCGCCAUGGGUGUCAUCGGCCACGUGGUGGCGUGGGGGGUGGCGGAGCGCGAGGAGGGCGAGGAGGGCGAGGACGAGGGGGAGGUGGUGCUGCAGUGGGCGCAGGCAGGGGGGGAGCUGGGAGGGGAGAUGGAGGGAGUAAGGGUGGCGGUAGGGGCGGCAGUGGAGGGGCAUCUGGCGGCCAUUCUGCCGCACAUGCAGCAGUUCAUUGCGAGACAGGGGGCGCUCUUCAGCAAGGGGGCGGGGCGGGCGCUGAAGGGCACGGCGCUGGCGGUGGUGGGGCGCAUGGCGGGCAUGGUGUCGCAGCCCGCCCUUGCAGGCCAGUUGGCUGCGGCUCUCACGCCGUUCCUGCGCCAGGCAGCGGGCGGCAGACGCCGCGUGGACGAGGGCACCACGGCCGCCGUGCUGGCCGUGCUGCAGAACCUGGCGCCACUGCUCUCCCCGUCCGCUGCUGCCACGUGUGUGCGGCUGUUCGCGCCGCUGCUCACCCACCUGCAGCACAGGGCUGCCCGCCUGGCCCUCGUGCACACUCUCUCCGCCCUCGCUGCCGCUCACCCCUCCGACUCCAUGCGCCUGCUGGCGUCGCUAGUGUCGGACCUGUGCGCGUACGACCCUGCACGCAUAGACGACUACGACUACACGCGGCGCCUGCACGCCUACACCUCCAUGCACUGCCACCUCGCCUCCACGCCCUCUGCAGCACAGCUGCAGCAGCAGGCGGUGGCGCGCGUGGGGCGCGAGGGGUGCGUGCUGCUGCUGAGCUGCGCCGUGCGCGACAUGGCUGACGAUGACAUGUCCCUGCGCCACUCCGCCGCCCACUUCCUGCAGUCCUUCGUCCGCUUCGCUGCCGCCCUCGCCGCCCACUCCCCCUCGCCCACUGCUGCUGGUGGCACGAAGAAGGGCAGGGAUGGGGAGGCAGGGGGUGUGCUGAGUGGUUGGGAGGCGUGUGAGCUGGUGCAGUCUGCGCUGCUGCGGCACAUCAAGAAGGGCCUCCACUCGCCCGUGGUGGUGGUCCGCAGGGAGUGGGUGCUGCUGCUGCGUGACGUGGCGCUGCACAUGGGUGCAACGUCACCGGUGGCAGAGCUGAGGUGUCUGGUGAGGGAGGAUGACGUGGAGGCGGAUUUCUUCCACAAUCUCGUGCAUCUGCAGACGCAUCGCCGCGUGCGGGCGCUCGCCAAGUUCGCCUCGCUCUGCCCCAUGGCCAACUUCUCACCGGCUGUGCUGCUGGAGGUGUUUCUGCCGCCGCUGCUGCGCCAGCUGCUGGAGGGGCGGCCCGACAGCGAGAGCGGGGUGAUCGAUGCGUGCAUCGCUGCGCUGGGCGCCAUGGCAGGCUGCCUGCCGUGGGCCGCCUUCCACUCGCUGCUCGCCCGCCUGCUGGCGCUGCUGCCGCGGGGAAAGGAGAAGGGCGAGCAGUGGUGGGAGGAGAGCAGCGGGGGGAAGGGGAGGAGGGGCGAGGAGGUGAGUGCGGCGGGGCAGAGGGCCAUUCUGCGGGCGAUAUGCGGCGUGCUGGAGCAGGUGAGGCGCGUGGGGGGAGGGGAGGAGAAGUCAGAGGGGGAGAAUGAGGAAGAGAAGGGGGAGAGGGAGGGUGAGGAGGGGAAGGAGGGGGAAGGGGAUGGAGGAGAAGGUGGUGCCAAGGAUGAGCGUGGAGAGGAGUCCACAGCAGGGAAGGGGGGCAGCAGCCAGGUGGCGGUGGCAGGGUCAAGCAAGGAGGGGAGGGAGGCGGCCAUAUCAGGGCGCAUGCAGGAGGUGCUGCUGAAGGACAUCAUCCCGCAGCUGUCCAAGCACCUCGUGGCAGGCGAGGCGGGGCGGGAGGAGGUGAACUCGCACGUGGCGCUGGCCAUCACGCGCACGCUGCUGCUGCUGUCGCCCGACGCCAUCCGUGCGCACCUCCCCCGCCUCCUGCAGACAGUCGUCAACCCGCUCAAGGCGCGCUCACAAGGGACAAGAGACGCCGCCCGUGCCGCCCUUUGCCAGCUGGCAGGGGCGCUCGGCCCAGCGUAUCUGGGGUACGUGAUAGGCGUGCUGCGCAGUGCUCUGACGCGCGGGUUUGAGCGGCACGUGCUGGGGUUCACACUGCACGCGCUGCUGCUGCACGUUGCCACCGCCCACGGCGCCACCAUGCCGCGCGGCGCACUGGACUACUGCCUGGGGGACUGCCUGGCGGUGGCGGUGGAGGGGCUUCUGGGGGAGGUGGCGGAGGAGCGCGACGUGGAGGCGGUGGCGGCGGGUGUGCGGGAGAAGCGGCAGAGCCGGUCCAUGGAGACGGUGCGCAUCGCAGCGUCGCUGGUGGACGUCACAAGGAGCAGCGCCGUGCUGCUGGCGCCCAUCCGAGCCGCUCUGCCCGCGUCGCUGGAUCCGCGGGUGAAGCGGCACGUGCAGGAGAUGGUGCGCCACAUGGCCAUCGGGCUGCUGGCCAACCACCAUGCGACAGCUGGCGACCUGCUGGUGCUGGUGCACGCGGUGCUGUGGGAGGGCGUGCGCGUGGAGAAGGCUCACGGGGACGCCAUGAGAGAGAGGAAGAGACUGCGGGCGGAGGAGAGGGAGGGGAAGGGUAAGGGGGAGAGUAAGGAGGGGGGGGAGGAGGGAGGAGGGGUGGAGGAGGAAUGGGGGGAGGAGGGGGGGAUGGAGGGCAAAGAAACGGAGGGCAAGGGGGGGCGUGGGAAGCGGAGGAGGCAGAAGAAGGGGCUGGGGUUUGAGGGUGUGCCCAACGGGCACGUGGUGGCGCUGCUGGGGCUGCAGCUCUUCCUCUCGCUCACCUCGCACGACCGCCUGCCCGCCUCCGACGCCGCUCUCAUGCCGCGCCUCAACGCCCUCGUGCCCCCGCUCGCCCUCACCCUCUCGUCGCCCCACGACGCCAUCCUCGCCGCGUCCUUCCGCGCGCUCGCCUUCCUCCUCCAUCGCCGCCUCCCUUCCGUCGCCACCGUCGCGCCACGCGUCGCCACGUCAGCGUUCAAAGUAGUGCAGCAGGCAGGGCGGGCGGCAGCAGUGGCGGGUGGCAUGGUGCACUCGUGUCUGAAGCUGCUGGCUGUGCUGCUGGACCGGUGCCCCGAGGUGAGGGUGAGCGAGCAGCAGGUGCAAGCGCUGCUAGGGAGUGCCGUGUUCACGGACCUGGAGCUGCCGUCCACGCGCACCACGGCGUUUGCUGUGCUGCGCGCCUUGCUGCGCCGCAAGGUGGUGGUGCCCGAGCUGUACGACGCCAUGAACCGCGUGCAGCUCCUGCUGCUGCGCUCCCACACGCCCUCUGUGCGCCACCUCGCCGCCGCGCUGCUGCUGGCGUUCCUGCUGGACUACCCGCUGGGCCCGGCGCGCCUGGAGGCGCACAUGAGCUUCCUCAUUGUGAACCUGCGGUACGAGCACCAGGCGGGGCGCGAGGCGGUGCUGGGCAUGAUGCGGGCCGUCAUUGACGGCUUCCCGGCCGUGCUGGUGGAGGCGCAGGCCGACACCUUCUUCCUGCCGCUUGUCACGCGCCUCGUCAGCGAUGAGUCAGCGCGCGUGCGGCAGCUGGUGGCGGCGGUGCUCAAGGCGCUGUUCGUGCGUGUGAAGCCCCCCACAUGCGCGCGCCUGCUGCGCUUCGCCUCGGCGUGGCUGGCUGACCCGUCCCCCAAGCUGCAGCAGGCAGCGGCGCUCGUGCUGGGGCUGGCGGUGGAGUCGGUGGGCGUGGCAGGCGAGCAGCGUGUCAUGGUGGCCACGUGGAUGGCUGCGGCCCAGGGGAUCGUGAGGCGCGCGCAGGGAGGAGAGGAGGGCGAGGGGGGCGUGGAGGGGUGGAAGGGCGUGUACGCGUGCCUGGUGCUGGCGGAGAAGGUGGUGCAGCGGGACGGGUCGCAUGCCCACAGCAGCAUCAUGCGCCCGCUGUGGCGCCUGCUGCCCUCGCUGCUGCUGCACCGCCACCUCUGGGUGCGAGCCGCCGCCUGUCGCCUGCUGGGCAUGUACCUCUCCCACGCCGCUGCUGCCGCUGCUGGUGGUGGUGGGGGCGGUGGCAAGGCGGAGGGUGGAGAAGAGGGGGGUCUUAAGGUGGUGGUGAGGGCGCUGGUGGAGAGGGGCGAGCAGGACGAGGGGGAGGAGGAAGAAGGGGAGAGGGAGCAGGGCAGGGGGCAGGCGUCAGUGGUGCCGGGGCUGCAGGUGCUGUUGCAGCCGUCGUUCCUGGUGGUGCUGGCGGGUUGCCUGUGCCGCGUGCUGGAGAGCAACGCCGCUGACGACCGCCUGGCGCAGCAAACCGUCAAGAGCCUCGUUGCGCUCGCCCCGCUGCUGCCCCUGCUGCCCUGCCGCGCUGCUGCUGCUGGUGGGACGGGGGAGGGGAAAAAGGGGUUGGUGGUGGAGGUGGAGGGGUGUGAGAUUGGCGGGGAGGGCAGGGAGCGACUGAAACUGGGAUGGCAGCUGCUGCGCGUGAGGAGGAGAGAGGGGGAGAGGGGGAGGGGCGAUGGCAGUGGUGAUGAGGGGGAGGAGGAGGAGGAGGAGGAGGAAGAGGAAGAGAUGGGAGGAGAAGCUGAGGGAGGGGUGGAGGGGGUUGCAGACGAGAGAGCAGAGGAGCCAGAGGAAGAGGAGAAGAGCUGUGCGGAAACAGACCUUCUAGACUUCGAGGAGGGCAACGGCGUGAGUGAUGGUGAUGGCGAUGGCGGUGCUGAUAUUGGUGGUGCAGGGGAUGGGGCCAUCAUGUUGGGUGAAGCAGUAGGGGAAGGCAGUGAGGGUGGGGCAGCAGAGGGCAGUGAAGGUGGGGCAGCAGAGGGCAGCAGGGAGGCAAGGGAGGGGCAUGAGGCGGAGCAGUGGCAGCAGAAUGAGGGAGAGAGGACUGAUGGGGAGGAGGGCAGUGGGGAGGAGCAUGCGGCAGUGGAGGGGCGGCCUGAUGGGGGCCAUGGGUCAUGGAGUGGGGCGGCAGCAGAGGGAGCUCGGCACAUAGCGCUGGGUGCUGUCAUCAAGGCCGUGGCUCGUGUGGCCUACAAGACGCCAGCAGCGCUGCGGUGUGUGGCAGCACUGGCAUCGGCGCUGGGGGGGCCGGGGUUGCAGCCGUACCUGGGGGACGUGAUGCUGCCGCUCUUCCGCCUCUCGCAGGGCGCUGCUGGCGCCGUCGUCCCUCCGGAGGUGCAGCGUGUGGUGGGCGAGGUGUUGGAGCACGUGCGCCACGAGGUGGGCCCCGCCGCCUUCAUCAGCGCCUUCUCUGCCGCGCGCGACAUGGCCAGGCGGCGCGCAGCGGGGAGGAGGGAGGCGGCGCGGGUGAGUGUGCUGGUGGACCCCGAGAGGCACGCAAGGAGACGGGCGAGCCUGGCGAAGAAGAGAGGCGAGUACAAGAAGAGGAAGAACCAGCAGCACCGCCGCAGCAAGAUGCGCUGAUGGGCAGGCAGUACUGCCUGCUAUUGCAAGAUAGGUUUCCAGGAACGAGA